AUGGACGCUAGACAGAACGAUAAAGAGGUGUCGUUGUAUCUGGGGAACCUGGACCCCAAGGUUGACGAGACGCUGUUGUACGAGCUUUUUGUGCAGUUUGCGCCCGUCAAGAGCAUCCGGUUGCCAAAGGACAAGGUGCUGCGCAGACACCAGGGGUACGGGUUUGUGGAGUUCUACAACGUCAAGGACUGCGAGUACGUGCUUAACAUCUGCACGGGAUUGAGUCUAUACGAGAAACAGCUGCGGAUCAAGAAACUUCUGGGCGGUCAGGGCGACGUCGGGCCAGUUGAUGAGGAUAUUGGCCCGGUGGUCUAUGUUGGCAACCUGGACAAGCUGACGGAUGCGGAGAGCAUUGGAGCCACGUUUUCGAACUUUGGCACGUUCCGCAAGCCGCCACAGGUCGUUUCAGGUGAAACAAGUAGCCAUGCGUUCAUCUUCUACAGCGAUUUUGAGUCGAGCGACGAGGCCAUCAAGGAAAUGAACGGCAAGAUCAUCAUGAACCGGCCGAUCAAGCUGGACUACGCGUACAAGAAGGAUUCCAAGGAAAAACACGGCAACCGGACCGAGCGGUUACUGUACGAGAAGGCCCGAGAAAACAAUUUCGAGCUGGAGCAAAAGAGAUAG